AUGGGUAGAGUCAAAUCAGAGCAGCCCACCGGCAAAAAGGCUCAAGCCAACGGCCGAGACCAGCGCAAUCGCGGUGGCCGUGGACGCGGACGUGUCCAGCAGGACCGAAUGCAUCGCAUUCCCGCCCCGUGGUCCGCUCGCGAUGAUUUCGCCAUGGGACGUCUUCGCUCCCCCGUCCCCGCCCCCGAGCCCGAGUCCUGGGUCUCUGUGGGAGACCUCGACAGAAACCUCCAGAAGUGGAUGAGAAACGGACAGCGGGACGAGGUGCUGUCCAGAUGGGGCCUGGGACCCGGCGAGUACGACAUCCUCGAGGACCGCGUCCUCGCGGACAUUGUGGCCAAGUGGCCCGACGCGACUGUCGCCCUGCUCUACGACAAGGCGCAGGAGGCCAAAGAGCACGUCUAUCGCCACUUUGCGGGCCAGGGCAAGGUCCGCGUCAGUCUCGAAGCGAGCGAUUGGCUCAAGCUUGAGGGCUUGUGGAAGCUCAUGGACAAGGCUCACAGUCACGAGGAGCGCAAGUAUCCGUUCGACUACACGUACGGUCAGAUCCGCUUCUUCGACCGCGGUCUGAUGGACAAGCAGUACGCCUUCUACUUCAAGAAGUACGAGCACGAGCGCGCCCGCGCCCAGGAUGCCGCUCCGGCUGCCAUCGCUCCAGCUGCCCCGAUCGCUGCCCGCCCGAUGUCGGUCCCCCCCGCCGCUGCUGGUACCUACCUCAUCCGAGAGCAGGCGCACAUGCCGACCGCCUGUAUGGCGGCGCCUGGUGGUCCUCAUCCCGCUGCUCAGGGUGGUGGUGGUUGCUGUACCGGCAACCACGGUCCUGGAUCCUUCGUCCCGAUGCAUUCGCAGGGAGCCUGUAUGAUGGGAGGAGGAGGAGGAGGAGGAGGAAUGGGCCAGGCGGUCGUCCAUGGAGGCACCGCUGGCACCUUCUACCCUGCGCCCCAGCACCAUCAUCAUCAUCAUGGAGCGCAGCCGGGACCUGGCAUGGGCUAUUACUAA